CAUCGUUUUGACCUUGGUGUUUAUGCCUUGGGUUCUCUCGCUUCUCCCACAUUCAAAACCCUUCUUUUCUUCCCUUCACUAACACCCUUUGCUGCAACAGCUAUCCCGUAUAUUGUACCGAAUGGAAUGAUAUUGCGGACUGCACGCUUCCGUUCUUUCGUUAACAUUAUAGAUUCUGAUCCAAAGGAAACCCCCAAUGCCAUCAGAAAAGUGAUACGGCGUUGCAUCAAAUUCAUGAAGACAUUAAUUUUGAAUUUGUGAUGAAGAUGUCAUUGGUUCGACCUCUCUUGACAAGGCGAGGAUUCAGCACAAGCUCUGAGAACCUUGUUGCUUCUGUGCUCUUUGAGAGACUGCCAGUGGUCAUUCCCAAAAUUGACCCGGUAGUUUACGCAUUUCAAGAAUUCUCGUUUCGGUGGCGACAACAAUAUCAACGCAGAUAUCCUGAUGAAUUUCUAGACAAAUCUGAUGCAAGGGGAAAAGGUGAUUAUCAGAUUGACUAUGUGCCAGCACCAAGAGUCACCGAAGCUGACAAAAACAAUGAUAAAAGGUCAUUACAACGAGCUCUUGAUAGAAGACUCUACCUUCUCGUCUAUGGUAAUGCACAUGGGGCUCCUAGUGGAAAGCCUGUGUGGCAUUUUCCUGAGAAAGUUUAUGAAUCUGAGGACACCAUGCGCAAGUGUGCAGAGUCUGCAUUGGAAUCAAUCAUAGGAGAUCUUUCUAAUACAUAUUUUGUUGGAAACGCUCCGAUGGGCCAUAUGGUUGUUCAGCAGCCUACAGAAGAUCAGUCUGGAUCCACAUCUUAUAAGAGAUUCUUCUUCAAGUCUCAAGUAAUUGCUAAAAACAAGUUCAACAUUGCAAAGUGUGAGGAUUUUGUCUGGGUGACAAAGGAUGAAUUGAUGGAGUAUUUUCCUGAGCAUGCUGAAUUUUUUAACAAAAUGAUCAUUAGCUGAUGAUAAUGGAGGACAUUUGUUUUGUUGACACAUUUGCAAAUUAUCACUGAAUGAUAGUGAAAUGACCUUGAAAAAACAUCAAACUACCAUAAUGUUUCAGGGUACAUCUCGAUUUAAUGUUUGGAUAUCUAUCCUUCCAGUUCACUAACAAUUUCUUGUUUUUAAAUUUCAAAGUAAAUUUUUUUACUGCGUUCCUUA